CUGGGGGAACCGGAAGGAUGGCGAGGAAGUUGGAGAGGGUUUCCUGAGAUGAGAGAUUACUUCCGUCCGCGCGCUGGCCUCUCUCCGGAGCCGGCUGGCUGGGGCUCGGGGAGCGGGGUGCGCGGGGCUCUGCCGCGCCUUGCCACCUGCAGCGCCGGAGCAGGCCCCGGGGCCUCGCGGCAGCGGCUCACCAGGGCCAUCCUUGCAGGUGGGAGUAGACAGCAUCUCUCCAAGCGCCCAAGCCAUGGUGGCCAAACAGCGGAUCCGGAUGGCUAACGAGAAGCACAGCAAAAAUAUCACCCAGAGGGGAAACGUAGCCAAAACCUUGGUUGACCACAUAAAUACUGGCCUUUCCUGGAGACUGCCAGAACAUUCUAGAAACCUCCCAGAGAAUGCCACCCCAGAGACCAUCAUGAGGUGCAUAAGAAUCGGACAGCCCCAGAGGACCAAGAUGGAGUUGGAGGAGACAUCUCAGCAGCCAUCGGCUCUCAUAAGCUAUCUUCCAGAUCAUACAGAGCAUAAGAAUGGGCAUGUGAGGGGGCAGGGAUGUUGCCUGCUGCCGCCCUCCUGCUGGCUGGUAGAGGACCACGGAGAGAGGCCUUCGGCGGGUCUACAGGAAGCCAACAAGCCGCCAGCAAUAGAAAGGAGGUCCCCUGUUGUGCCCUCCCACUCCGUAGUGGAGGUCAGACCAAAUUGCCUUCUCACAGGACAUCGCCGUGCAUCUGUGUCCUCCAGCGGAAAGGACUCUGCUCUUCCGUCGUCGGCCGACUGGAAGCCACGUGGGGGGGGUCGGCAGCAGUGCUCUCUGUCUGAUUCCCCGGGUUUCACUGUGGUGUGCAUGUGGCCCUCCGAGCGACCGUCCAUUUCCAUCCUGCCAAUAUUACAAUCUCUUCUGUGUCAGGUAUUGGUUUUACAAAUAAACGUCUUCAUUCAACCUUAAUACCGUGUGCGCGUU